CAACGAACAAAUUAAUUUUACCAACGGAAUGCACAGCCCUACAGAUUUCGAUGAUUUUGAUGAUUCUGAUGAUUCUGAUACAACAAAUAUUCCAUUUGGAGGAAGGUUAAAACAUUAUUCUGAUGAAUGGUUGAAUAAUUUUGGCCAUCAAAAUGCUACUAAAUUCGUUCAAAGGGGCUACUAUCCUAAAUGGGAUUCGUAUCCUCCUCCUUUGAGUGUUCCUCCUAUUUCACGUCAAAAAGUUAUUUCAAACUUUUAUACGAUGAGACAACGUUAUAUUGAAAUAAGAACAUUAACGUCUUUAAUAAGCAAACUUCAUAACAUUGUACGAGAUUCUGAAUAUACUAAAGAGCUACGUCGUGACAAGAAUUCACAUCAGGGAAGAAAUCCGCAUUCAAAUAUACAACUCUCACGAGAGGGCAGACAAGAAUUAAAAUAUUGGAUAGAUAACAUAGAGGAAUUAAAUGGGUACCCUAUAAAUUCCACUUGA